AUAUUCAUGCUAAAUUUAUUAAUUUAUAACAUGGAACACUUAAGAUGCAGCUCAGCACGCUGACAUUAUCAUUAACUGAAACAAUCCACAUGCAGGACGGAUAGUGAAUGAAUGAAGUUGGUUAAAAAAAGAUUAUUUUUAUUCUGUGUAUAUUAUUAUUUCUUUGUUUUGUUGUCAGUAAUCAGCCGUCAGCUUUGCAAUGAUUUUUCACCGUAAUUUAUAAAUCUAUAUGUAUAUAUUCAACUUUCCUAUUCUUGUUUCAUGUAAUUGUUAGUGAAACUUUGAAAAUUGUUAUUCAUACUCUUUUAUAUUUCAUAUUAGUGUUCAUGACAUUUUAAGAUAAAAGUACCUAAUGAGAAAAUUAUUUCAUUUAAUUGUCGCUAAUUAAUAAUUAUAAUUUCCCACCAUGGACGUAUGUGAUAACGAUGAAGCUUAUGUUAAUGCAAUAUUGCACGAUAGCGACCAUGGACACUUGAGUUCAUCAUGCAACAACACGAUGCAGAGUGAUUCUUCCAUAAAUACAGACACAAAAUCCAGCACUCACGAGUGCUCUGAGAAGCAUUCUAAUAGUGCUAUAUGGACAACAAGCGCCACAUCUACACUUUUAAAAUUAUAUGAAUCUAAACUAACAAUGUUGGAGACACCAAAAAAGAAAACCAGGAUAUGGAUGGCAAUAUCUGAAAAUUUAAAAGACUACCAAAUUGAUAUGACACCUGAUCAAAUCAGAUGGAAAAUAAAUGCACUGACAAAAAAAUAUAAACAGUGCAUUGAUAAUGGACAGCAUGAAAAGUUUAGAUAUUUUAAAGAAAUGGAUGACAUUUAUGCACAAUAUAAUGUUGAUUGUGACUCCUACACAAUCACAGACUUAUUACAUAAGAAAAAGGAUAUUGGUAAAAUACAGCCUUGCAAUGAGGAAUUAAAACCAUGUGCAGAGAGUAAAGCAAUGAUUGAGUUAAGGAAGAUCAGAUUAGCAAAUAGAAUAGAAUCAGAUAGAAAUCAAGGUAAAAUACAAUUAGAAAGGCAAUGGUUAGAAUAUUUAAAAAGAAAAGAAGAGCAAAAUCAAUGGAGAGACGAGAUGUACGAAAGACAUUUAAAGAUUCGAGAAGAAGAAUUAGAAUUGAAGAAAAGAGAAUUGGAAUUAAAGGAGUCUUUAGAAUAUAAAAAGAUUGAGUUAAUGGAAAAAGAACAAGAAGAUUUAUUACAUAUAGAGCGCGAAAAAUGUGAGUUGUUGAAACAACUGUUUAAUGUGUAAUAUGUUGUAAUAGAAAAUUACACAAUUAUCAUAUUG